UCUAGAGUCUAGACCAUGAAAAAGAUAAAAAAAUCUAGAUCUUCUACAAAAAGUACAAGUAGUACUACUACUACUACAAGUACUACUACUACUACUACUAGUAGUACUACUACUAGGCCUACUACUAUAACAAGAAAUUCAAUUAUACCACAACCACCUUCAGGAAUGUCUGAUGACAACUUUGCAUUGACUGGAGAACAGUAUCUUGCCAAAUACAACAUCAUCACUUACCUAGAAGACAGCGUCCAGCAAUUACUAGAACACAGAGACCAAAACCCAAAAGUUGUGCCAGCAAGGUUUUUCUUUGAAUAUUUCACCAGUGUGCGGGAUGGGAAUCACACAAUGUUCAGAGAGUUCAGCUUCAUUAGAAGUACACCUCACAACCGAGCCUCAUUUGUGGUGUUAUUUUGGAAAUGUUUUCGUCAAAUAGGUAGAAAGGGAGAUCUUCUCAGUAUUCAAGAAUACAAUUCUCUAGUCAGACUGCUCUGUCCAGAUUUCCCAUUUAAAUUGGUGCAGAAAACAGCAAGAAUAGUCUUAAUUGAUGAUGCUUUGGACUGUCUUAUUUCAUUUUCUGAUUUUGUCUAUGCAUUUCAAAUCCAGUUUUACUAUGAAGAAUUCCUUGAAAAAACGUAUGAAAUAUACCAAAGUCAACUUCAAGCACUAAACAGUCCAAGAGAUCCAGUCAUAGUGCCUACUUCAGGAGAAGAUGAGGUUAAAGUUCAUCAAAACCCUCAUUUGCCAUCUGAUGGAGUCGAUUCGAUGCAUUUUUUUAGAUCUGUGUAUCCACUACUUGGUAGAUCUGAGUUCAGCACUCCCCCUGACUCUUCUCUGCGAGAAAUUCUCUUUGGUGUUCCAAGAAUCUCAUUUUAUGGGUUUUUAAUGGCUAUUGCCAAAUCUGAUUCAAUUAAUUCUCAUAUAGGUCGCCUCCCUGAGAGAUCUCAGCUUCUGGAAGGUUUAGACAUUGACUUUUCUGCCCGUUUGGAUGCUUAUGAGCUGCAUGCUCGCAGUAGAUGCGCGAAGAACAAAUAAACUGGUAUCUAAUAAUUGUUAUUAGCAUUCCCUUUGGUAUUAACCGAGUGAUCUUAAGAGUCUGACAGGGAUCGGACUUUUCUUUUCACUUUAUGGAUAUUGUGCACAUUUCUGAAGAAUAGUGUCUAUUGGUAAUGCAAUAGAAAUAGCCACUCCAUUUACACUAUUUGUUAAUCAACCUCUGAGCCAUUAAAAGGUUUAGGGGUUGGUAUUAGAAUCAGCAUUGUGUUUUUUUUAUUUUUUUUGGUUUAGAUAGGGUUAAUUUAGAACUUAUCAUGAGGUAAAGUUUGAAACUGUUAGGUCUAAUAAUUUGGUGGUACAGUAGAGUUCUGAAAACUUGGCAACACUAACCCAGUCUGGAUAAGUUGGUUGCAUGCUGGAAAGGUGAAAAUAAACAUGUGGCAUGGUAAAAGCUCUGAAAGGCUCUAAAAAAAACUGCUUUUUAGUAUUUUGAACUAGAUGUGUCUGUGUUACUGUUCUUUGUCUUAGUUAUGUAAGGCAAUGUCUUCAAGUCCCAAGAUAAGGAUGAGUGCAGUGUUUCACAUGAUAAUGCAAAUCAUUUGUGACCUGCAUAUGUGCCACAUCUUAUCCAUACAGAGUGUUUUUCCAUUGGGGAUCUUUUUUUUUUUCAUCUUGUGCCUGUCCUUGGUAAAGGGUUUUCUCUGUGUUUAAAAUCUGUCGACCCUUAUUCUUACUAAGAGCUCUCCAUCUGUCUUUGUAAUGAAACAUCAAAAUACAGAAUACUCAAGAUAUUACAUUUUCUAAAAAAAAAUUUUUUAUUUAUUCUCUCUUGUAUUCUUAAACAAUACCAAGUACAGUACUGUAUUUUCUGUAUUCUCUCUCAAUCCCAUUCCAGAUAACUUGGCAUUCACUAAACAUUGGGCACCUAUUGGCAGCGUUUUUAGAGUUCUACUGUACUGACCAAUUUAUUUUUAGCCAUUUAUGUUUAAGAAAACUACAAGUAGCUUAUAGCUUGGAAAGCUAUCCAUUUUGCACUACUAAUAGCCCAGCCUGAAAAAACACCCCAAGCAUGAUAAUGAUUGUUUCACAUGUUUUUUCUUUUAAAUGUUA